UUCAACUAUACAACAAAUUAUGGAAGUUAAAUCUAUUAUGCACAAUUUUAAAAAUCUUUUGUCAGAAGCAUUGAAGGGAACAUUGACAAAUGAAAAAAUCGCAAGUUUCAAUGAUUUGGCAUAUAAGAAUAUAACCAAAAGGAGAUUAAGAAAUAAACUUGAAGAUCGAGCAAUUAAAAACAUUGAUUUAAUGAAUGAGUCGGAAAAAAAGAUUGAAGAACUUGUAAAAUCUAUUGACUUUGACGAAUUAGAUAGUCAAGAAUCUGAGGAGACUAAAGCAAAAUUUACUUGCACAAUUACUACUGAUAAUUACAUUGAAGCAAUGAGAGGAGGAGAAUGUAUUUGUCUAACACUUGAUGUUGCACGAUCUCAAGCUGCCAUAGCAGACCCUUCAUUAAUUAAUAUUAAAGCGAUUAAUCAAACUUUCUUAAGUUCCGUUGCGUUUUUGGACUCUAUUCGAUUUGCUUUGAAUGAUACUUACGCUGCUGAAGAAGUUCAUGGAGGCUUUCAACCUGCUUCUUUUAUAGCCAGUAUUGUACAUGGAGUAGCAAAUGAAAAUAUUACAGGAGUUCUCCCUCUAUAUAUCAAUGAGAAACAUUGGUCAAUUGCCAAAGAGAGAAUGAAGCCAAUAUUUGGGUACCUAACUACACUCGAUAUAUUUGGUUAUUCAUACUCGCAAAUCACUACUAUUCCCUUUUUAGUAUUGGCGAAAGCUCUUGAUGAUACAUCAACAGAAUUCCGAAGAAAUCAAUUUAAAUUGAUAUUGGAAACUUGUGAUGCAGUAUACAAACAAUCAAAUAAUCUUCGUAAGGAAAAUAUAAAUUUAUUUGAAAAUUACAUGAAAUCACCCAUGAACCGCACCAUAGACAUUGUCCCCAAUAACUUGGUUUAUCUUGGACAUAUGCUAUGCGCCUUAAGAUGUGGAGAUAUUAGUUUCCAAGACGUUAAAAGGUGGUUACAAGAAAAGUUAAUCAUAUAUUUAAUAGAAGAAUUUAUCCGAAGAAGGCUUAACAAAUUUGAAGCGGUCGAAAAGGAAAUGUCAAAUGUUGGGAGAGUUUUGGGCAUUGAUCAAGAGAAAUAUAUUAAUGAGCCGAUUAAGGAGUAUGAAAAAAGUUAUGAUGAAUACUUUAAUAAGAUAAAUGAACCAACUACAACAGAAACUAAACUCGAAACUCCUACUGUUAAUAUUCAACAUUAUGAUAGCAAUACUUAUCAAAUUCCCGACUUAAGCUUUUUUACAACAAUAAAACAAGCAGUAAAUAGUUCGAUUGAAACUAUUCUACGAUUCAACAAGAUUUUUGAAUCUUUUAUUGCAGAUUCCACCAAUACUAUCGAAUCCAUCUUGGAAACACCAGAAUUUCAAUUUACUAAAGAUCAAACAGAUCUUGUAAAUACAUUCUUUAAUAGUUACACACCAAAAGUCCAAUUAGCAACAUUUUUACAGUCAUUCUUACAUCGUCAAAAUUCAGUACGUCGUGAGGCCAUUGAAUCGGAACCAACAAAAUAUUAUGAACCAUUUUCUGAAUCAACAACAGACAUAAUACUAUCAGAGAACUUUAAUGAAUAUGUAACCAACAAAUUAAAUCAAAAAACCGCAGAAAUCAUUAAAUCAUAUGCGGCUUUAUUCGGUGAUAAAAUUGAAAUGGCAUUUUGGCAAUGUAGAGAUGUUGAAGAAGCAGCGAGAAUAAUAUUGUCGGAUGUUGGAUUCAGAGGGUAUUUUACACAUGCGAGUAUUAUUAAAUCUUUACAAAAAAAGAAUUUAUUUUUAGCGCGAGAAAAAAUUGAAAUGAUAGUUUAUGGAACUCAUAAAGGCAUUAAAUUAUUUAAGGAUGUACCUAAGAAUCCUAAUGAUCCAGAAAAUGUUGCCAGAUUUAAUGAAAGUGUUAUUUGGUCUCCAUCAAAAAGGAAUGUUUACCGUAUGAUAAAGGCCCAAAAGGAUGUAAUUCCAGAAAAAGAAUAUUGGUUAAGAGUUAUGCCCGACAGACAAAAGGAAUAUAUCGAAAAGCAAUUUGAUUGGUCUUGCUAA